AUGUGCAUGCAAGUUGCUAUAUACAAUUGUCUCUAUUCUGUAUUUACAGGUUUUGAGAAACCAUCUGCUAUUCAACAGAGAGCUAUAAAACCAAUUAUUAAUGGCAGAGAUGUUAUCGCUCAAGCUCAGUCUGGCACUGGGAAAACAGCUACUUUUGCUCUGUCCAUUCUACAGUGUCUUGAUACACAGACCCGAGAAACACAAGCUUUGGUUCUAUCUCCAACUAGAGAAUUGGCUGUUCAGAUUCAGAAGGUUAUUUUGGCUCUUGGAGAUUACAUGAAUGUGCAGUGCCAUGCUUGUAUUGGUGGAACAAAUAUUGGUGAUGAUAUUCGUAAACUUGAUUAUGGGCAACAUGUUGUAUCAGGGACUCCUGGCAGGGUUUUUGAUAUGAUCCGAAGAAGAAAUCUACGGACAAGGUCCAUUAAAAUGCUGGUCCUUGAUGAAUCUGAUGAAAUGUUGAAUAAAGGCUUUAAAGAACAAAUUUAUGAUGUUUAUCGAUAUCUUCCCCCAGCAACUCAAGUGCUACUUAUUUCUGCCACCUUGCCUCAUGAAAUCCUUGAAAUGACUGGCAAAUUUAUGACUGAUCCUGUCCGCAUUUUAGUCAAACGUGAUGAGUUAACUUUGGAAGGAAUCAAACAGUUUUUUGUAGCUGUUGAAAGGGAAGAAUGGAAAUUUGACACUCUUUGUGAUCUUUAUGAUACUCUUACUAUAACCCAAGCUGUUAUAUUCUGCAACACUAAAAGAAAGGUUGACUGGUUAACUGAGAAAAUGAGAGAAGCCAAUUUCACAGUUUCCUCAAUGCACGGUGACAUGCAACAAAAAGACAGAGACGACAUUAUGAAGGAAUUUCGUUCAGGAGCUAGUCGUGUUCUCAUAACAACAGAUGUGUGGGCCCGAGGUAUUGAUGUCCAACAGGUAUCACUCGUAAUAAACUAUGAUUUACCAAACAAUCGUGAAUUGUAUAUACACAGGAUUGGACGUUCUGGUAGAUUUGGGCGAAAAGGUGUUGCCAUCAACUUUGUGAAAAAUGAUGAUAUCCGUAUCUUGCGAGAUAUAGAACAGUACUAUUCUACUCAGAUAGAUGAAAUGCCAAUGAAUGUGGCUGAUCUUAUCUGAUCAAUUUCCAGCAUUACUUCAGUAACUGGACAUUUCAUACAUCUUUUCUUCAUUAUGAACACAAGAAGUUUUUUUUUUUUUCCAAACUUAUGCUUUGUAUUUUUAAUGUUAAUUUCUAUUCACUUCAUUGUAAAAAC